CAAGACUUGAGCAUGAAUUAUGGAUAGAUCCGACUUUUUAUAGAGAGAGAGAAUGAGUGAGCGGAAUGAGAUGAAAAUAUGAAAUACUCCAGAAAAGUAGAUGAGAUAUGACUUGGGACUACCUGUAGAAAUGACUAUUUAGAGCGAGAAACGGAAGAAAAUAUAGAGAGAGAAAAGAAUACUACAGCAACUUAAAAGUGAGAGAACAAGAACAAACGAAAGGUGAAGAUCUUUCUACUUUUUGAUUAUCUGAAAGAUCUGAAGACUGAAGAACAAGAUUAUUCAAUCAAUUUCAUACUCUUCUCUACCCGUUUUUUAAUUGAAUCUCUCAUUUUCUGUUGUCCGCCAUUGAUUCUUUUAGCCGAGGUUUUCAAGAACACAAAUCAAGAGUUAAAGAUAUGAGAUUAUUUAGCUGAUUCAAUUCUGUCUUUGAACAAAAUGAUGGAUAGAAAUAGAGAAGCUAGAAGAGCGGCGGCCAUGGUGAAUGGGUUGCCUAAAAGAAGACAUAGAACCGUUACUGGCGGUAGUUUGAGAGAGUCUACAGAUGAUGAUAGUCCCAUGGAAUUACAGGAGACGGCGACUCGUUUAAGAGAUCGGUCAGGAAAAAAAGAUAGAGAUCGAGAAAUUAGGGAUAGAGAUAGAGAAAGAGAACGAGACAGAUUGGGUACAAAACGAAGAAGAGGGGAUAAAUACUCACGGAAUAAAGAAGACGGUGGUGCAGAUGAUGAAAGCUCUGAAGAAAGUAUGAAUGAUGUAGAAGAUGAAGAUGAUGAUAGUCGACUACGUUAUAUACCUCCGACAAAUCCGAUUCCGAUGUCAUCUCCAGCGGCUACAUCAACUCUUGUCAGCCACCGGAAAAGUUAUCCUCCGUCUAAGUUAUUUCGGGUUACUGUUCCCAAAAAAGCUCGCUCAGUUUCAACAAAAAGAGGACAUGAUUGUUGGAGUUCAGUACCAGGUUGGGAGCAGAUACACCGGAAAGCUUCGUUUUCACCGGUGAGGUCAGUAGCAGCAGGAACGACGACAGUUCCAUUACCGUCGCAAGGACCUACUAUGUCACCGUCGUCAUCAAAUAUUGAAAACAAGAAGAAAAUUGCUAAUGGACCACCCAAACAAAGGCCACCAAAAAUUGCAUCAAAAUCUUCGUCACCUACAACUCAGGAUGAGAUUGAAAUUGCAGAGGUUUUAUAUGGUUUGAAGAGGCAAUCUCACGCUCCGUCUAAACAAGAUGGAAUGAUGCCAAAUGAUUCAGCCAAUUUGGAUUCUAGAUCUGUUGUUGAUUCUAAAUCCAGAAUAUCAUCUCCUGUUCCAAAUUCAUCAUCUGUUUCAGGUCUUGCGAAUAAUUCUUCUUCAUCUACUCCUCCCUUAACCACCAUUGUUCCAAAGAGAAAAAGACCACGGCCAUACCCAGAAGAGAUUCCAGGUGGGUUGGGACCUCAGAGCAGUCCGGUUUCAUCAACUGCAAAGGCAGAAUUAAAUGAAGCUCCAAAUCUGGAGGUAGCAUCUCUAAAUACGGAAAAGAAUCUGGGAUCCACCAUUGAAAAUGGAGUCAAUUUGGUGAAUUCCCAAGAACAUACGGCGGAGAUAAUACCGUCGGCAGUGGGAAAUACUAGUGUUACCCAAUCAAAUACAAAGCCUAAUUUGGUAGAGGAAUCAGAAGAGAUAAGAUAUGGGGUUGUGAGAGCUCAAGUGGAGGAAACUUCCUUAACCCCUAAAUUGGAAUCUGCACAAAAUCACGAUCGUGUUGAAUCCUCCACCACAUCCACUAAACCAAAUUCAUCCCCGGUUGAACAAGAAAAUCACAAGGAAGAUAUUUUUGAAAUUGAUCUUAUGGCACCACCACCACAAUCAAGAACAUCACCGGAAAGAGAGGAAGUUAUGGCGGAAAACGGAGGAGCAGAUGAGAAAGCUAUGGUCACGGAUAGUGAAACGGAAGCAAAACACAAAAAUGAAGAUAAUAAUAAAGUUAAUGGUGGUGAUGAUAACAAAGAUGGAAAGGAAAAGGAAACAAGAAUUGAUCUUCAUCUUGAUUUAACAAAGUCUAAUGUUAAUGAUGAUCAGUUGAAUAUUCAAAAGCAACUGCCCAAGAUGAACAGAGAUGAUGAUACCAUUAAUACAACCAAGCACGGUGGUCAAUCGGGUUCGGCACCACUAUUGCCAGUACCAGGAGGAUGGCAUGGAGGGCUUGCAACACCCAUGGGAUAUGUGGGACCUUUGCAAGGAGUUGUUUCAAUGGAUGGGGCCCCAACGGCUUCUCCACCAAUUCAGCCACCACCAUUCCUGUUAACCAAACCAAAGCCAAAGAGAAGUACAACUCAUUUGUACAUUGCCAAAUGCAUAUUAGCCCAUCAGCAACUCAUCAAGGUGACUCCUUUCUGGCCAGCCGCUGCGGCUGCCCCUGUAUUUGGUGCAAAGUCUUACAACUUGAAUAUGAUGCCUUCAGCUGAUUUACACGGUGCUAACGCGAGAGGUGUGGUUGAUAACAAAGGCCAACCUUUCACUUUCUUCCCUGGUCAGUCUGCUGCUUCGUCUAAGGAUACGUCUCAGCCCUCCACCAGUGCUCCUGAUUCUUCCAUGAAGAAGCAGUUUUUAGUCCACCCUGCUUUGCCCCUUGGUACUCCCAAUACCAUUUUACAUUCCCCUAUGUUCUUUCCAAUGAAUCAACAACAGGCGCCAGUGCCAGGGGGAAAUGUUCGUCCCAGUACCACCAAAUCACCAUCACCUGUUGGAUCUGCACCUUCUAACUCUGUAUCCACUUCUGGUCCAAUGGGUACUCCUACAAUGAGCUUUAGUUAUCCAAACAUGGGAGGAAAUGAGACCCCGUAUAUGACGAUUCUAGGAAAUGGGGCAUACCCUUUCCCUAUGCCUGCACAUGUUGGAACAGCUCCACUUUUUAGGGGUUCUCAACCUGUCUUUGAAGGUCCUUUCUAUCCUUCACAAAUGCUUCAUCCUUCACAAAUACAACAACAGCAAGGUGCACAGUCAUCUCAGUCUUUGACAAUGCAGCAGCAAAAUCAACAGAAUGCUAGCCAUUCUACUUCAUCCUCGUCUUCCCAAAGGCAUUUGCAGAGUCAACAGAUGCGGCCCCAUGGGAGCAGUGUACCUAGUGCUGGGAAUAUGAACCAAGGCUUGCAGAAUUUCCAAAUCACCACCAAAGCUCAAAAUUCUCAGUUACAUAAUGAUAUGGGCGGUGAGGAUAGACCUUCUACUGAUGAUAGUCGUACCCUGCAAAACAUGAGUGCCUAUGGGCAGAACUUUGCAGUGCCCUUUCAUUCUCCCAACUUUGCUUUGAUAACUCCGCCUACUUCAAUGGGUGCACCUGGUAACAAUGCGGCUGGUGUUCUUAAUGGUAACCUUGGUGAUAAGAUGCAGCAGCAACCUCAACAAACUCCUACUUUUCCUAUGUCAUUUGCUUCACCUAAUGGUGCUACUCCUGGUUUUGAUAUUUCUUCAAAAGCGUAUAAUCCUGCUAUUUUACAGAGCAUUCCAGAGACCGCCCUACAGAACUAUAAAAAAAUGGCUGCAGCUGCUGCAGUUGCAUCAGCAGCUCAAGCUGCACAGCAAAAAAACAGUUAUCGAGGUCCAGAAGAUGGUAAAGAAGGAUCUGCUGCUGCCACAGACUCCUCUAAUAUGAACGAGGAGAGGAAAACCAUGGCUGCUCGUGCUUCAGCUGCUACAGUUGGGCAAUCCAUUGCUUUUUCAAGGGAUGUAGCUGACAAUUCAGUUUCUUCGAUGGUGGGGGGGAACAAUGUUGUUGAUAGCUCAGCUCGAAGUCUUAAUGUUACUCAAGGAUCAUCUGCUCGUCCAAGUCGUUCGUCAGUGCCAACUUCAAUCAGUAAUUCUAAUGCUUCGAAUUCUCAGCAACAGCAACAAAUGCUCUUUCCUAAACAGCAGCCAUAUGUAGCUCUUAGCGGUCCAGUUGGCCCUAGCAAGACUCCCACAACUACUAAUGGAAAUGUCUACCCAUGGUUGUCUCCUCCCACAACGAGUAAUGGAAAUGUCUACCCAUGGUUGUCUUCUCCCACAACGACUAAUGGAAAUGUAUACCCAUGGUUGUCUGGUUUUUCGACUCUUGUACAAACAAGUGGAACCUCUGUACAGUCUCCACAGCUGAAGAAUAUUGUCAGGCCAAAUUCAUCGCAAGUUUCUUCUCCUUCACCUUCUACUUCAAUAGCCUCCAACACAAAGAACCUUCCCCAGCAGCAAGGUAGGUCUCAACAAAACCACACUCAAAUCUCCUUUGGGGCAGCUGCAGCUAACCCUAAACCAUCUUCAAUGUCACAAGGGCAGCAAGCGCAGAACAAUAAUCAAGCCCCUCCAUCCCCUAUGCUGGUUGGGUCCCCCUCAACCUCUUCGGUGUCCAAGGGAGCUAGUGGAAGCCCAAGGAAUACACCAAGCGGCAACAAAGUGGGGGCUCAGGGAUCAACAUUGCCAUCUCAAUCAGGGAGAAACUCACAAUCUCCAUCUAUCUCCACCCAAAAGCCAUCAUUCAUUGGUGGCCUUCAUGUCAUGCCAAAUUCAACCUCAUGUGGCAAGUCCCAAUCGCAGCAGUCUCAGCAGCAAGCAGUGUCAAUGCAAAACAUUCAACAAACUCAAAUCUACUUCAACAAUGCGUACAUGCAACCUUCAGCUAGCACGUCUGCUACUAUGGCUGGAGGCGGGUAUCAUCUUCAAAUGCACAGACAUGACGGUCAGAAACAUCAACAAGGAUCCAAAUCUCAAACGUCAGUUCCCAUUACCUCAUCAAGUGGGAUGAUAGCCUUGUGUGCACCAGUUUCGCAAGCUAAUACCAGCACAUCUGAUCCGGCUAAGGGGGUGUCCACGUCUACAGCUGCAGCAGGUGCAAACAAUAUGAAGGGUGGUUUGCCACCACAGGGGAUCUUUCAUGCAGCUCAGUUUGCUGCUGGUCAGUCAGCUGGGGUUGCACCUCUAUUACUGCCUGCAGGCUUUCCGUAUGCUCAUGCUGUUUCCACAACAGUCCAGCCGAAAUCUGCUGAGCAGAAGCAACCUGCUGGUGAUUAAACUUCAUGGAGCUUAUAGGUGUUGAGCUUUCUGGUGUUCCCAGACUUUAAUGAAAGACAAUACAAAUCCUGAAUGAAGAAUCAAGAGAUUCUUGAAUGAGAUUGGUUGGGGGAUUCUGAAUUUAGUAACCCAAAUUUUGGGGCUCUCCUGUAUAGAAAAUGACAAUUAAAAAGCAUGGUGGCCACCCGAGAAGUAACGACAGGCAAGAUUGCCGAUGAAACGUUGAAUUUGCUCGAGUCAAGAAACGAGACUCUGAUGGAAGUGCAAUGCUCGAAAUCGAAGAGAACCAUGUGAAAAUGGAACUAAAAUUUGAAGGGGAUGAUAGGAAAGGUAGUGCUGUCUUUGUUUGAUGGUUGAUGAUGUGGACAGGUUCAUGAAUUUAUGGUUGUUUCUACAUGUAGUGAAACAGUUAAAGGGAAAGGUGGAGGACUAAAAAAUUUGUCAUGUUUUUGUUGUCAUGUGAAUCCACUUUUGAGGGGCCAUAAAACUUUGAUGUAAGAACAUAACUUUCCUUCUUACCAUUGCUCACAAAGAAAAAGAAAUUUUGUUACCUUUUCAAACUAUCUA